AUCAAAAUCUUAAAAAGUAAACAAUAAUUUUUAUACUUAUUACACUAGAAAAAUGUAUUACAAAAUUGUUUAUUUUACCUUAACACUUUUUUACAUCUCGAAUUUGUGUAGUUUAGCACAAGCUGAAAUUAAAAAUAUAUUAGAUUCUGAUGAACUCCUAACUUGUGAUUAUACACAUUUGGAGAGCCAAUUGGAAUCUUUGAAAACCGGUAAUGAGCUUUUAAAACUACGCUACGAAAUGUUGCAAACACGAUUAGAUAAAGAAACUGAACUUUUGCAAAGUUGGGAGGAUAAAAUCGAUAAGAUACCACAGAGCAUAGAACGUUUGGAAUCUAAACUUCUAAGAAGAAAUCAAGAACAACACGAUGAAGUAAACGAUUUGAUAAGAAAACUAAAUCAAAUGUUGCAAAAACAUUUGCAAGGGCCCCCUAUAGAUGAUAAGGGACAGAUGAUUAGUGAUGUAAAGGAGAUAGUAAAAGAGCACGAUAGUUUGUUGGGAAAUAUCAGUGAAAAACUUAAGAAUAUGGAAAAAAUAUUAAACAAUCCACCUUGGGAAACUCAGACUCGAGAGUUAAGUGUUAAUAUUUCGAAAAAUUUGGAAAUUUUACAAAAUGUGGAAAAGAAAUUAACCAAAGUAGAAUCCAUAACAGCCACUAAAACCGAUCAGAUAGCAUUUAAUCGAAAUAUACAACAGUAUUUUAGUAAAAAUGAAACGCCCAAAAUAUGUAUUAAAGAUCAGGAGGAUCAGCAAUUAGUUUGCACUAACAAAGCUUAUCCCACAAAUUGUGCCGAUUUCAAUGGAAAUUAUUGUUCAAAUAACAAAUGUCGUCUCUACAAUCAUAUAUAUGGGUCAGAGUCCUUUUUGGUCGCUUGCGAUAAUCACAAUGAAGGUGGCGGUUGGACUGUUAUCCAAAGACGUAUUAAUGGCUCUGUGGAUUUCUAUCGCAAUUGGUCGGAAUACAAAAAUGGUUUUGGUAAUAUUGAUGGUGAAUUUUUUAUAGGAUUAGAUAAAUUAUAUGCUCUCACAUUGACACUGCAACCCAUGGAACUCUUGAUACAGCUGCAAGAUUUUAACGAUACUCUAAAAUAUGCCAAAUAUGAUGCGUUUUUAAUAGGCAACGAAACGGAAAACUAUAAAUUACUUAAAGUAGGAAACUAUUACGGCAAUGCUGGAGAUUCGUUUAGCCAUCAUCAGGGUUUUAAUUUCUCCACCAAAGAUCAUGAUAAUGACGAGGAUAGCGGUAGCAAUUGUGCCAUGGAUAAGAAGGGAGCUUGGUGGUAUAAAAGCUGUAUGUGGAGUAAUCUAAAUGGCAAAUAUUACAAUGUCCCACAGCCACCUAAGGGCGAAAGAGGCAUAUGUUGGAAUGAUUUUCAUGGUUAUGACUAUUCGAUGAAAUUUGUUCAGAUGAUGAUUAGACCUAAGAGAUUGUAAAUCAAAAAUGUUAAUAUAUAUUUGUUUAUUUCACAAUCGAUGUUGUAUCGUUGUAUGUCAUAAAAAAUUUUCAAAAUAAAAAAACAAAUUAAUAAAAAAAAUACAACAUACUACGAUACAACUGUACAACACCGCUUAUGAAUUGGACAAUUGUCAUAUGAAAAGAUUAAAAUGAAGAAUAAUGAAGGAUCUUUAAUUUAUCUUAUAUUUCUCCCAAGUUUGUCUUUAACAAGUUAAAGUGUCUAUCAAAAUUUAAAGUGAAUUUCCUUAAACUGUCCAAUGUUAAGAAUAAGAACAUUAUGAAUUGGUCCUUCAGUCCAAGUUUAACCCGAUCAAUCGAUGUUGUAUCGUUGUAGCGUUGUAUGUCAUAAAAAUUUUACAAAUUAAAAUUUUUGAAACAAAAACAAAUUAAUAAUAAAAAAAAUACAACAUACUACGAUACAACCGUACAACACCGAUUGUAAAUUGGACAAUUGUCUUAUGAAAAGAUUAAAAUGAAGAAUAAUGAAGGAUCUUUAA